AAUCUGUCAUUUUAAUAAUAGUGGUAAAAGUCGCUACAAAUCCUUAACAACUCUUGGUAAUUCGCGGUGUUGUGUGACAUAUUGCUUAAAUUUAUUAUCCCCUCCGCCAUACUUGAGACCCUGCGCCCGGUGACAUCAUUAAAACAUGUUCCUUCCGUCCGACGCUGUGUGGAGCUGCUUCGGCCGAACGUGAACUGCUAGCAAACCAGGAGACAAAAGCAACAAAGUGAACCCCCCUCCGGAUCAAUCAAAUGUGUCAUAUUUAACUAUUUAGGAGCCGAAACCCAGUGAUCACACCGUCGUACUUGGCAAGUAAGUACAUCCGAGCUCGCGUGUGUGUCCCAGGGAGGGUUUAAUGCGGUCGGGACGUCGUGGUUGUGUGCAGAGAGGUGGAACCACUUCAGUUAUAAAUGGAGAGGGACAGGCAGGCACCCUGUGUCCCGGAGAGCCACACACACAUUACCACACCUGCCUGAGAGCUGCUGCAUCGAUGAACACCUGAAAUAAGCGAUUACGUUUGACAACGCAGACCUGACUAUUCGACAGAAACCCUUGGGCUGCUGCCAUGGACGGGGAGGAAGAGGUGUCUCACAUGAGUGAGGAUAUGGUCACUGAAACUAACGGCUCCAUAGAAAUUAAAAAAAGAGAGGCGAAGGGGAACUGCCUGAAAAUUGAGGGCCAGGAUGGCUACGUGUUCAAAUCUUACAGCAUUACCCCCCACGAGACUGCGGAUGCAAGGUCACCUGCUUGCUCCUCAAUAACACUGGAUAAAGACUCUCCCCCUUCUCCCCAUUUAUCUUCUCAGGGUGACAAACAGCUGGAGUCAAACGAAGCAAAAGACACUGAUCCGGCUUCUCCCGCUCUUUCUAACAAAUUUCUAAACACUGAUACAGAGGAAAACGCAGAGAGUGAAAAGUAUGAAAACAGUAACGAAGGAAGUCAACAUAUCAAAGAGGAGAUUGGGGAUGCAAAUGGAAUGGAGGAGGAGACACAGGAAGAUGAAAGGCUAGCAUUCGGUAGCUCAAUUGGCCCUUUUGUAACAAGAGAUGGCGACGAGUAUAGCAAUUUAUUAAGUGGGUACACAAGCACCCUUUAUGACGUUGCCAUGGACGCUGUCACUCAGAGCCUUUUGUCAUCUAUGAGGAGCCAUACCAACCCAAGAAAAAAGUCUCCCGCGUGGAAUCAUUUCUGCAUAUCGCCACGAGACAGUACCAAAGCAAUCUGUUUAUACUGCAUGAAAGAGUUCAGUCGGGGUAAGAACGAGAAAGACCUCAGUACAAGUUGUUUAAUGAGGCACGUACGAAGGGCUCACCCCACUGUGCUUUUACAAGACGGAGCGGACGCAUCCUCAAAUAACCUGACUAGCUCUCUUGCCUCAUCUUUGAUACCUCCCUCCCCAAGCUCACCAAAAAACGGAGACUUGACAAAUAGCGUCACUACUUCUGCCUCAAAGAACACUUCACCGUCCACCUCCUCAGCUGAAAAUUCAGACCUGUCAUCCAAAGAAGUGUUACCCAAAGUCGAACCAAAACUAGAACAGUAUGCCAACGUUGCAGACGCUGUUGGCAGCAUGCUAUCAUCCUCACAUUCCAAUGAAAACAACCUAGAGGAAAUGUCAGACGGAGGGCCCGAGCGCCUUCCCGGGACCCCGAAAAGCUCAAGUUCCCGUCGGAGAUCAGCUGUAUGGAAACACUUCUACCUGUCACCUGCUGACAACUCCAAAGCAGUAUGUAUCCAUUGCAUGAAUGAAUUCAGCAGGGGUAAAAAUGGAAAAGAUCUAGGGACAAGCUGUCUUAUUCGUCACAUGUGGAGGGCCCACAAAGAGGUUGUCAUUGAGGAAAACGGACAGGGCAAUCACAUUCCCCCACCCUAUACAAACCCACCCUCACUUUUGUCCCGCACCCAACUGCAGGAUCCACUGGAAGUAAAAAAAGAAUCACCCCUUCUUCCAUCCUCACCGGAAACCAUAUCAGAUGAACUGCCCCAAAGCAUGGAGGAAAGUAUGGAUAUAAAAGAGGAAUCUGAUGAGGUGAUGAAUCUCUCAGGGCAGGAGUCUUCUCUCAACCUCUCCCUCAAAGCCCAGGGGGAGGACACACCCCUGACUUCCUCACCAUGCGACCUCUCUGAGGGUCCCAGCCUCAAUCAGGAUCAUUCAGUUUUCCAGCAAAACAAGAAGAUCAUGAAACGGGUGAAAUCCGAAGUGUGGCACCAUUUCAUAGUGUCACCGGUUGACCAGUUAAAAGCACUGUGCCGUUACUGUCCAUGUGUCAUCAGUCGAGGGAAACGGGGCGACUUUGGUACAAGCUGUCUGAUGAGGCAUCUUAUGAGACGCCACCCAGACGUCCUCAAAAACCAAAAAAGCACAGAUGAGAAGGAAUCCUCCUCCCCUCAUCCCUACACCAAUCUCACUGCAGCAGACGCAGUUUCGACCAAAGAAACUGACAGCCCGGCUAGUGAGAAAAAGCCACAAACCCUGCCUGUUUUCAGUAAAAAGACGUCAAAACUGUGGAACCAUUUCUCCAUUUCACCUGCUGACCCCACAAAGGUGGUUUGUUUGCACUGUAGCCGCACAAUUAGCAGAGGCAAAAAGACUACAAACCUCGGCACAAGCUGCCUCUUCAGGCACAUGCAGAGGUUUCACGGACACGUUCUUGAAAGUAACAAUACAAUCUCAGGUGAUGUGCCGUCUGCUGAAAUUCAUGUUAAACAAGAGCUCAUGGACACUUCUGUUUACGAAACGGAACAGAACCGUGAGAGGUUUGAUGAACACCACCCGGUUGCCAAAAAAAUCACCAAACUUAUUGCAGAAAUGCUCGCACUGGAUCUUCAGCCAUCAGCUAUGGUGGAGAAUGCUGGACUGAACAGACUGCUAGAGUACCUCCAGCCUCAGUAUUCUCUACCACCCUCUUCUUAUUUUACCAGCACUGCCAUACCAGAUAUGUACGAAAGGGUGAAGGACGUUGUGCUGACCCACCUGAAAGAGGCUGAAGGUGGUGUCGUCCACUUCACAACUAGUAUUUGGGUCAGUAGCCAGACGAGGGAAUACCUGACCCUUACUGCCCAUUGGGCGACGUACGAGUCAAGUGUCAGACCCCAAGGUCAGGACUUCCACUGCUCCGCUCUUCUAAGUGUCUCGCAGAUAGACUGUGAUCACGAUAUGCAUGACAUCCCAAAGCAGCUCGAGUAUCUGUGGGAUUCUUGGAUCACCUCAUCAGGGCUGAAAAAGGGUUUCACUGUAACUGAUAACAACACCAUCAGAAACACCUUGGAGGACCAUGGCCAUGUCACCAUGCAGUGUUUUGGACACACUAUAGACCUCAUUGUUAGCGAAGCCAUAAAGAGCCAGAGAAUGGUUCAGAACCUUCUGAGUAUUGCACGAAAGAUCUGUGAACGAGUGCACCGCUCAGCAAAGGCCAAGGAGAAACUGGCUGAGCUCCAGAGGGUCCACCAGCUGCCGGAGAACCAACUGAUUCAGGACAUCCCUUCCAAAUGGAGGACGUCCUUUUUCAUGUUGGAGCGGCUGGUGGAGCAGAAGAAAGCCAUCGACGAGAUGUCGAUCGAGUGCAAUUUCAGGGAAAUGAUCAGCUGUGAUCAGUGGGAGGUGAUGCUGUCGGUCUGCAAUGCACUGAAACCUUUCGAAGUCGCCUGCAGGGAGAUGAGCAACCGCACUGCCACUCUGGGACAAGUCAUACCACUGAUUCACAUCCUCAACAGAAAGAUAGACCUGCUGUUUGACGAGACUGUGGGCAUAGACAACAUGCUCAAGUCUCUGAAGGAAGCCAUGGUGAGCAGAAUGUCAGCAACUCUGCACGAUCCGCGAUACACCUGGGCCACCAUGCUGGACCCACGAUACAAGACCUCGCUGUUCACAGAGGAAGAAGCCGAGCAAUGUAAGCAAGAUCUAAUCCGGGAGCUGGACUUGUCCUCUUCUACCUCAGUUGCAGUUAAGCCUCCGCUGCCCAAUGGCUGCAACGAGGCGCCCGUUUCAUCCAACACCGCCCACUCGAACAGGGACAACCUCUGGUCCCUGAUGGCUGACAUCCGGCAAAAGAUAAAACACGAGGAGAAGCCAAAGUCCUCGGAGCUGGCAGUGCUGGAGUACCUUGAGGAAGACAUCCUUGAUCAAAGCUGUGACCCCCUCGACUAUUGGAACCUGAAAAAGUUCCUGUGGCCUGAUCUUGCCAAAGUAGCUGCCCGUUACGUGGGCUGCCCUCCCAGCAUCAUCCCAGCAGAGACACUGUUCAGCACAGCUAGUGUCAACUGUGCCCUAAAUCAGCCCAGACCUUUACUGGAAAACAUGGAGGGUCUGCUGUUCCUCAAGGUCAACCUCCCUUUGAUUUAUUUUCAGUACUGAUAAAUAUUAAGCAUUAACGUGAAGACCCUUUAUCAAGGACCAAGUUGCAUAGCUGUGAAAUGGGGGGUUUCUGUCGGGCAAAAUGUAAAAUAUCGAUUUAUACACUGAUUGAGUCUCAAUGCAAAGGCCAGAUUGAGGUUUUAUUGUAUUCUGUGUACUACUGUUAAACACUUUGGAGCUGUUGUGAUGAAAAGUCUCAGUCAGAAGUGUAUCAGGGAGGGAGGGGAUUUUUCUAGCUGUAGGGGUUGGUGAUAAUGUGUUUGCUUGUAAAUCGAUGUUUCUGUUUUCUGUGUCUACUCUCUCCUUGUGCCUUAUCCAAAACUACUUCAGGUCAAAAAAAAUGCUGUAAAUAUUUUGUUAAAAAUUGCGCAGAUCACGUCAGGAUGCUUUUUUUUUUUUUUUGAUUAUUAUGGAUUAAAGAUAGAUGCAGAGUUGUUUUCAGAAUGAAAACAAGGCCCAAAAAUAAAUGCUGUGACUGAAAGAUGUUUUAAGUUAAUGUUAUUUAAUUUUCAUUGUGAAUUUGUGGCUCACGGUACUGUCAUUUAGAAAUAGACCUUCUUUUUUUUACUUGCUGAAAUGUUUUUAAUAAGAUCAUGUACAAUAUUGCUGUAUUUUCAGAAUAAGGAGUUUGUUUGGAAUAUACAAUUUGUCUCUUAAGCACAAUUUAAGUUUAUGUCCAGGGGAUUAAAUUAUGGGUUUAUUAUUGAGUAAAACAAUGUACUGUACAUUUUUAUAUUAAAUGACUUCUGAACCUAAUUUGAUAAAUGUUUGAGCAUUGAGACUGGAACCAUGCAAAUUUUGUGGUCAUUUGUAAAUAAAGGUUUUCCUUAUGCAA